UACAGACUGUUUGGUUUGUUCUGCAUGAUUUUUGAUUGUCCAAAUACUGUUGUAUUUUUUCCGACUUCUCCAGCCAUACUUCUUUACAGCUUUCUGGAGAUCAUCCCAGUCCGUCUGGCAGUUCGUGCUUGUGACUGGAUGCUCCAUGGUGCUUUUUAGCCAAGACCAGAUGGAUGUCUAGCAAGAUUUGUUAGACAUCUCAUCUGUGGUGCUAGACUGGUGUAGGCGACUGUUCCCUUGCCAUGCAUCCAGCACCCACUACAAGCUGGUGCACUGUACUUUAAACAAAGCUGCGUUAUAAAGUAGUUUGUGGACAAAUGUAUGUUUUCACUUGGUAUCUCUCAAACAUCGGUGCCAAAUUUACAACUUAGUGUAAAGGUUAAGACAAGGUGCGUGUGAACCUUGCUCUCAUCGGAGAGAGCGAAGGUCAACAGAUUGUAAAUAUGACUAGUGCCUCAACAGCACUGAGAUGUAAGGCGAGCUAGCCUUGCCUUUUGCUGAGGUCAAACUGCUGCAGACUGUUUCCUCUGCGGGUCUUUUGCUUGCAAGAGACUGUUAAAUGCAAACAGACUGUUGUUUGCCUUCUGGGUUGGACUAUGCAGAAUAUGAUAUGCUAUGUAGUAUUGGUCGUGUUUGUAAUAGAACUGAGAGCUGAUAAGCCCGGUCGCAGAUAAGAAAGGCAAUGAUUCCAGUGUAAAACCCUUGGUUUGAUUGAAGCACACUGGGUUGUGUCAACGCUUUUCUCAGGUAUCUGAUUUUAAUCUCUCCAUGUUAUAUGAUUUAGGCAGUAAUUAACUGGGUAAGAGCUGUUGUGCCUAGAGAUGCUAGAAUAUCAACAGAGUGCGGUUUUAAUUAAGCAUCGCCAACUGGGUGAGUUGAUUCACAUUCAGCUCUGAUCGUCCUCCAGCACCAUUCAGGGAACUCUGGAGUUUAGACGAGACCAGUCAGGUCUCAUUGCCAUCAUGACGAACCCACCGUCGGUUGUCAUCAGUCAAUGACCUACAUUCCCCCAGCGUUGCAUCACUACUGUGCUACUGCAGUGUGUGUCACUGUACCAGACAUCUCAGACUCAAACUACCACUAUUCAAUGGUGCUCUCUCUGGAGGAAAAAUAAAAAAACAUCCUUGCCAAAGUGUACACUUUUUGGGAAUACACUUGAACCAAGGAGGCCUCACUUGUUUUAGCCAUAUCUAGAACUACAGUCAGGGACGGGCCUUCUUUUCCAGCCCAGUCUUAAACUUUUUUCUCUGAUUUCUACUUGUGUUUAAAUGGUCGACCAUGCCUAGUCUUUAGCCUCUAUAAUCUGUAAUUCUAAAGUUACAGUGGCAGGAAAAACAGGGGUCACCAUUAAUAUAUUAGAAAGAGGGACUGUUAAACAAGGCAGCCUGGAGAACGGAAGAGCAGACGAGGGAGGGGGUCAGGGGGAGGGAGAGAUCAUUUGGAAGAGGAGAGAGGAAGUGGUGGCGCGGGAGAGGGCAGAGGCGUUGGAGAGACAGAGGUUGGCAGAGUACAUUGUGUGGAGGAAGAGAGAGGACUUCCAGGAGAAAAGAGGAGACCGAGAGAAGGGAGGAAAGAGUGCAGAGAAAGGGAAGGGGGCUGAACCAGAGGUAAUCUGGAAAAAGAGAGACGAGGAGGGAGACGCAGGGAGGGAUAGAGCGGGAGCCAUUCAGAAAGGACAUGAAAUUAUUUGGAGGAAGAGAGAGCGAGAGUAAAGAAAGGGGAGCUCAAUAAAAUAAUAGAAGGAUAUGAUACACUUGAAAAGCAGAUGUUAAGAAAGGCAUGCUGCUACCAGGCAUUGGAGACUAGCCAUACAUCAGUAAGCCUCCUCUCUCCUCAGCCCUGGGCUUCAUUCAGCUCUGCAGGUGCUUGCUGUAGUAUUUUAAGUGUAUUGUGUGUGUGUGUGUGUGUUGUUGCACACAACCCCCUUGCCAUCCCCUCAUUGGCUGCUAAUAGGAUUUUUAUAGGCUUGUGUCAAGCAGGAUAGAGCUGCUAAGGGGAGCUGCUACACACGUGUGUGCACGGCAACUCACACAUACACAGAUAGUGUAAGAGACACUGUGGGCUGGGUAGAUUUUUACUGCCUUACAUGCAUGUAAAGGUGUAUGACAAGAGUGCAGUAACACACGCGGGGUGUUGAGAUAAAUCGCUUGAGCUGAUUCUCCAUGGUGCUGCUGACAGCUGGAUAACUUGACUCUAACCUGAGUCUGUCAAGUUUAGACAAGAUACUCACAGAUAUUGUUUUACACUAAGGAAAGAAAAACCCACCAAGAUGAACACUUUGUGGAGAGCUAAGACCAUAUCACCAUCAGUCCCAGGAACACAAUGAAUGCUGAAGCAGAUUUAAAGUGACCUGAUUGCAACAUGAUCUGCGCUGGUGCACUAACAACAAACUUUUUUAAUCCGCAUUUGAUCAUUGACCGGGACACGUCGCUUCUCCUCUGCGCUUUUUCUCAUUUUGCUCCCAUUGUGGAUAACACUGUAUUUAAAGGAGUUUGGUUUUGGCUGCAUGAUAAUGACCAGAAGACAGAUGUAUGCAGCUCUUACACUGACCAAGACAGACAGAUGGCCGUGUGUCCUUUCAGGGAGAAAGUUUGAGUUCUGAGACGAAGAGACAUUUAAAUGAGCCACUAGAGCUUGGAUUUGUGCAUAUAAAAACUGACGCUGCAAAUUCAUUAUGGCGCUUGUCCCAAAAACCAAAUACACACACUUCCGGAGUGAAUCGCUGAGCUCAACCGAUGAAACGAACUCCAAUCCGUCAUCGUUCCCUCCUUCCAGCCCUGCUACCCCACUCACGCCCUCCCCUGGUUUACCUCCUUCUCUCUCCUCUUCAUCUCUCACUCCCAUCUUGCCCCCCUCUUCUCCUCGCCCGGCUGAGAACAGCCCCACCACCCUCUGCUCCUUCUUUCCCAGGAUGGGAUCCCUCCGCCUGGGUGUCUCUGCCACUCUUCUCCCAGGACUCAAAGCCUCGAGCAGGCCACAGCAGCUUCAUGCGCCUGUUGAGUCCUCUGGGGAUGACAGGAGCAGCUCUAGCUCUUCCCCUCCUCAUCAUCACCCUGUUCCCCCUCUAAUUGCUCCUUCUCCUCCUCCCCGACCUCCUCUGCAGGACAUGAACCGGCUGGGAGGGGCGUCCAGGAGGGCACGGGUGGAAGGAGGACAGCUGGGAGGAGAUGAGUGGACGCGCCAUGGCUCCUUUGUCAACAAGCCCACCCGCGGCUGGCUGCACUCUGACAGUGUGGUCAGCACCACUGGUGUUUCCUACACUGUACGGUACAUGGGAUGUGUGGAAGUGCUGCAGUCAAUGCGAGCACUGGACUUCAACACCAGAACUCAGGUCACCAGGGAGGCAAUAUCUGUGGUGUGUGAGGCAGUACCCGGAGCCAAAGGAUCCCAGCGCAGGAGAAAGCCAUCUUCUCGCUGUCUGACAUCCAUCCUGGGGAAGAGUAACCUGCAGUUCGCUGGUAUGACAAUCAGCCUCACCAUCUCGACCAGCAGCCUCAAUCUGCUGGCCUCCGACUGCAAACAGAUAAUUGCCAAUCAUCACAUGCAGUCCAUCUCCUUCGCCUCUGGAGGAGACCCAGACACGGCGGAGUAUGUAGCGUAUGUGGCCAAAGACCCAGUCAAUCAGAGAGCGUGUCAUAUCCUGGAGUGCUCAGAGGGUCUAGCCCAGGAAGUUAUCAGCACCAUCGGCCAGGCCUUUGAACUGCGCUUUAAACAAUACCUAAAGAACCCACCCAAACUGGUCACACCUCAUGACAGGAUGGCACCGUUUGAUGGCUCUGCAUGGGAAGAAGAAGACGAUGAGGCUGCUCCACCUCCUGAUGUCCCUUAUUAUAAUAAUUUCCCUGGUAAACAGCCUCCCCCUGGUGGACUAAUCGACAUGAGGACCCGUCCAGGGGCAACGCUGCCGUAUGGACAGCCAGGACAGAAUGACAUUCACAAGCAGCCUCUGCCGCCUCUACCAGUGGGUGUCAAGGAAGGGGGGAGGGAACUAUUUGAUGACCCUUCAUAUGUCAAUGUGGAUAAACCCCGGCCACCAGCUGCAUCAAAUGGAAAUGUUCACAGAGAUGCUUUUGACAUGAAGCCAUUUGAUGAUGCCCUGGGCGUUUCUGGGCACGGUGGUCCAAGCUCAGGAACAACAGCGCCCCCCUUGGUGCAGCAGUUGCAGUGUGAGGCUUGGUUUCAUGGCAGUCUAAGUCGCAGAGAAGCAGAGAGGCUGCUGACCCGAGAUGGUGACUUCCUUGUGCGGGAAUCUGGGACCACGCCUGGACAGUAUGUCCUCACAGGACAGCAGGGGGGUCUACCCAAACACCUGCUACUCGUCGACCCAGAGGGAGUGGUCCGUACUAAAGACCACCGGUUUGAAAGUGUGAGUCACUUGAUCAGUUACCACAUGGACAACAGACUCCCCAUCGUUUCAGCUGGUAGUGAAGUGUGUCUGCAACAGCCAGUUGAGCGCAGGGCCUGAUGUUGCGCAGACCAAUAAAAUACACCACCAAAUAUACACACACACACUCCUUCCGCAAAUCAGGACAGGAUAAAACACACAUCCAUAUGUCAACACACACAGCAACGCUGCACUUAAUACUCUUAAAUGAACACAAGAAUAAAUGGAUGCACACACAUCAAAGAAAACCAAAAGAAAAGAUAAAAAAAAAAAUAAUAAUAAUUUCUCUGCGAAAUCACUUGCUGCUGUUGCCACAUGUUCCUGUCUUUUCUGAAAGCUAAACUGUGAUCUGCAGUCCCUCCUCACCCCCAUGGACGAUCACACGCAUCACUCCAACGUGGAGAAACACUGCUGCAUUUCAUAACUGUGAAUCAGGGAGGAGCCCUUUGCUAAUAUCAGAAUGUUGCAGAAUACAAAUGCAAUUUUUUAAGAGAAAAAUUCCUCUCAUUCAUUUAUGAAAAAUGAAAAAAAAAAGAAAAGAAAAAAGAACUUUGGAAUUAUGUACAAAGAAAUAGUGGAACUAAAGAGUGAAGAAAGGAUCGUGAAUGUGACGAGGGGAAUGAGAUGUUCUGUGCUUUCAAGCAUGUCGUCUUUUUCGCCCCUCAAACUGUUGCUGGAGCAUGUUAGGGAGAACUGGAUGGCAAUGGUUCUUUGUUGCAGACACUGAACCAGGCUCGAACAUAAACACUCUCCCUUCAGGUGUCAUUUGAGCUCUUCAGCAGGAAACCUGACAGUGACGUCGACCUGCUGAUAAAUAUGCAUAAAACCCAGCUUCCAACAUAAUCAGGAGGACCUCCCUACCCCCAACCACUCCCCUUUUAAAGACUGUAAAGUGGAGUGACACCUGGUGAUGAGGAAAGCUUGUAUGCAAAACUGGGACUGCUAUGCCAACGACCGUUGUAUAUCUUCUUUUGUUGGGUUAUUAUCACGGGACUCAUUGCUAAUAGGACAUUUGGACUUUAGAAGGAUCUUAAGAGCUGUAUCGCCAUAAUCCCUCUGUAAACGUGUAUGCACAUACACCUUUACACAACACACGGUCUGCACCACCUGUCAUGCCAAAGAACAUGGUCACUAACAGCAGAGGAAGCCAUUAUGAUUACAUUAUUAACGGUUAUUUGUCUUGUGUAAUUACAGCGUUGGGAGCUAAUUAGAAGGAAAUGCACAUGAAAUGGGGCUUUUGUGGAUGGAAGAAGAAUAUAGGUGCCUGAAAACAUCAUCUGCAGUGCAUUUCUGUCACGUACAAACACAGUAAUUUACUACACUUAAAAAAGCAUAGGCCAGGACGGCUGCUUUUCACUGACAUCUUAGUAUGUGUUUGCAAUGACAAUCUAUGGGUUCAAUCUUUACAGUGUUCUCUGGAUCAACCUAAAAGCUAAGAAGAGUUUCAACGGUGGCCAAUUAGAAAUUAUGACACGUGUAAGCAAUGAAUUUCCCCCUGCAAAAAAAAAUAUCAUGCAAAAAUAUGUCGUAGUAACUGUUUUGGUAAUUUCGGUGUAUUGUGAUGUUGAUGCUUUACUUUUUAAUCACUUGAGGGAAUGCUUUUUAAAAAUCGUAGGUAACUGAUCACAAGGACAUACAUGUUUUUGGAGCCUUGCUAAUAAUGGUAUGUGUUAAGCCAAAUGCUACUCCUCGGUGUACUGUUUUCACAAAGGAUCUGGAGGGGAGACGUUCACAUGCUACCUUUCUCCUCGCGUCCUCCUCCCACAAUUCAUGAUGUUGUUUUUUUGAUAUAUUUUAUAUUGUGCCUUGUUUCUUCAAUGCAGUCAUGUCACUUCAAUGCAGUCACCUUAUGUACUUAAUUCAAAUGUAGUCGACUACAGGAGAAUCUCACACAAGCCUCUCAGUUAAACCAAGACUGCAAAAAUGACACUCCAGUAAACACACACAAACAGAUCCAGUGAUGGCAAUCUCCUCUGAUGCACAUUCUUGCAUUCAGCUUAUAGUCACAGAUACUUGAUGUCACCAUGGGUGGGGAUAUUUCCUGACCAUCUGUAAAUAACGUUGGUUGUUGAUUGGUCAGCUCAGUACUGGAUUUAUGUGAAAUCUUGUUCCACUGAGCCUCACACCACGCAGGCACUGAGGCAGCUACAGGAUAUUGUGGCCAAAGGGAUCUUUUCAACGUAGACCUUGUAAACUAGUUCUCAGACUCUCAAGUGAGCUCACAUGUAAUCUAACAAGCAUACACGCAGCAGACUGACACCUGGGUCACUGUCGCAGGCACAGACACACACAUGCACUUCCUAGUCUGGUGUUUGUUGAGCUUUACGUUCUGGCAUCAAUGUGUGUGUGUGUGAGAGUGAGAGUGACCCUCCUGACCCUCUGCAUCAUUCAUGACCUGGUCCCAUGUUAACAUUGUUCAUCACAGUUGCCUUUGUUGCAUGAAAAGUCCUUUCAAAAUAAUGUUGAUGGUGAUGGUGAUAGUAUAGUGUUGAUGAUGUUGUUGUACUUCUAAUUUUGUUGUUGUUGUUGUUGUUUUUGAAAGCCAAAGGUUAAUUUCAGAUAGUGUGCACAGAUAAUGAUUUUAACUUUAUAUAUUUCUGUUUUAUUACUUGUUUUUGUUUUUAGGGAAAAUGUCUGUUUACACCUGUAUCUGAAAAUAUAGAUUGCAUACAUAAAUACAUAUAUCAUUCA